AUGGCUGAUAUAAAGGCAAUGAUAAGUAAAAUGCAAUCUGCAAUGAAUGGCAAUGCGGAGGUGGCCCCUACUGCCAAGGGUCAGAAGGGCUCAAUUGAAAAGAUAUAUCAAAAGAAGUCUCAAUUAGAGCAUAUCCUUCUUCGACCUGAUACAUAUAUUGGUUCUGUUGAGCGGGCCACUGAAACUAUGUGGGUAUUUGACAAAGAAAAGGAGUGUAUGGUGCAGAAGGAACUGACAUAUGUGCCAGGCUUGUACAAAAUAUAUGAUGAAAUCCUUGUAAAUGCAGCUGACAAUAAACAGAGAGAUGCUAAAAUGGAUGUAAUAAGAAUUGACAUAAAUCAAGAACAGAACACAAUUUCAGUGUACAACAAUGGUUGUGGUAUUCCUGUUGUUAUGCAUAAAGAGGAGAAAAUGUAUGUGCCCACAAUGAUAUUUGGGCAUCUUUUGACAUCUUCAAACUAUAAUGAUGAAGAGGAAAAAGUUACUGGUGGAAGGAAUGGUUAUGGUGCUAAACUUUGUAAUAUUUUCUCCACAAAAUUUACAGUUGAGACUGCAUCUAAACAAUAUAAGAAACAUUUUAAACAGACUUGGGGUUCUAAUAUGACAAAGGCAUCCGAACCAAAGGUUAAGGAGUCUGGUAAAGAUGACGACUUCACAAAGGUGACAUUUAGCCCAGAUUUGGCUAAAUUUAAAAUGGAGCGACUUGAAGAUGACAUUGUCGCGUUAAUGUCGCGACGCGCAUAUGACGUGGCUGCUUCCUCACAAGGAGUUAAAGUGUAUUUAAAUGGGGAACGACUAAAGAUUAACAAAUUUAAAGACUAUGUAGACUUGUACAUUAAAGGUAAAGAGGAUGAGAAUGGACAACCUCUGAAAGUUGUAUAUGAAAAGGUGAAUGAUCGUUGGGAAGUGGCGCUCACACUUUCUGAUAGAGGUUUCCAACAGGUUUCAUUUGUAAACUCUAUAGCUACUACAAAAGGGGGGAAACAUGUUGACACAGUAGCUGAUAGUGUAGUUAAGAAUGUUUUAGAGGUUCUGAAAAAGAAAAACAAAGGUGGUGUCAACAUAAAGCCUUUCCAGGUGAAAAAUCACAUGUGGGUGUUUAUCAAUUGCCUUAUUGUUAACCCAACCUUUGAUUCACAAACAAAAGAAAAUAUGACUCUCCAAGCAAAGAGCUUUGGAUCGAAAUGUAAUUUCUCUGAGAAAUUUAUCAAUGCAGUUACCAAAUCCGGUUUGGUUGAGUCUGUAUUGACAUGGGCUAAAUUCAAAGCACAGACGGAACUUGUUAAAGCAUCAGGUAAAAAGCAGAGUAAACUUAAAGGUAUACCAAAGCUAGAGGAUGCAAAUGACGCUGGUACUAAGAAUUCACAUCUCUGUACUCUAAUUCUUACUGAGGGAGACUCAGCCAAAACUUUGGCUGUGUCUGGACUCAGCGUGGUUGGCAGAGAUCAUUAUGGUGUCUUCCCGUUAAAGGGUAAACCACUUAAUGUCCGUGAUGCAUCACACAAGCAAGUUCUAGAGAAUGUUGAAAUAAAUAAUCUGAUCAAAAUUAUUGGAUUGCAAUACAAAAAGAAGUAUAAUAGCGUGGAUGAUCUCAAAACACUGAGGUACGGUAAAGUGAUGAUUAUGGCUGAUCAAGAUCAGGACGGUUCACAUAUCAAAGGUCUGAUCAUCAAUUUCAUCCACCACAACUGGCCUGAACUAUUAAAAUUGCCAUUUUUGGAGGAAUUUAUUACGCCCAUCGUGAAAGCUACAAAGAAGGACAAAGAAAUAUCAUUCUAUUCAUUACCAGAAUUUGAGGAAUGGAAGAGGGAAACUGAGAACCAUCACACAUACAAUAUAAAAUACUACAAAGGUUUGGGUACCUCCACAUCCAAGGAGGCUAAAGAGUAUUUCCAGAAUAUGGAAAGGCAUAGAAUUAAGUUUAGGUACAGCGGUCCCACUGAUGACCACCACAUUGAGCUAGCGUUUUCAAAGAAGGGGGCAGACCAACGUAAAGAAUGGUUAACUAAUCAUAUGGACGAAGUCAAGAGGCGAAGGGAGAUUGGCCUCUCUGAACGAUAUUUAUACACGAAAGAAACAAAAGCUGUCACAUACUCUGAUUUUAUUAAUUUGGAGCUGGUUCUCUUUUCAAAUGGAGAUAAUGUGAGAUCAAUACCAUCCAUGGUUGAUGGCUUAAAACCUGGCCAACGUAAAGUGAUCUUCACGUGCAUAAAGCGUAAUGACAAACGGGAGGUCAAAGUAGCACAGCUGGCUGGUUCUGUUGCUGAGCACUCGGCUUACCAUCAUGGUGAACAGUCGCUUGCAAUGACAAUUGUAAAUCUCGCCCAGAACUAUGUUGGUUCGAAUAACAUUAACUUGUUGGAGCCACGUGGUCAAUUUGGUACGCGGCUCUGCGGAGGCAAAGACUCUGCUAGCCCGCGUUACAUUUUUACUUUAAUGUCGCCACUCACGAGGCUAAUCUUUCAUCCACAUGACGAUCCACUACUUGUUCAUGAGUUUGAGGAUAAUCAAAAAAUCGAACCUGUGCACUAUGUCCCCAUAUUGCCUAUGGUACUUGUUAAUGGAGCUGAAGGUAUUGGAACUGGCUGGUCCACUAAGAUACCCAACUACAAUCCGCGGGAUAUUGUAGCUAACAUAAGACGCAUGUUAGACGGUGAGGAGCCUAAAACAAUGCAUCCAUGGUAUAAAAACUUCCGCGGUACGAUUGAGGGAUUUGGUGAUAAAUAUGUCAUAUCUGGAGAAGCAGCAGUAUUACCUGGAGAAAAGAUAGAGAUCACCGAGCUUCCAGUCGGCGUAUGGACUCAGAAUUACAAAGAGAAUGUUUUGGAGCCCAUGCUUGGCAACGAUAAGGCGAAACCACUCAUAUCCGAAUAUAGAGAAUAUAACACGGAUACUACAGUGCGUUUUGUGGUCACACUGCUGCCAGGCAAGUUGGCUGAAGUUGAAGCUGAGGGCAUACACAAAGUUUUCAAACUGCAGACGACAAUCUCUAUGACGUGUAUGAAUGCUUUCGACCAUAAUAACUGCCUAAGGAAAUAUGACAAGGUUGAAGAAGUCCUUCGCGAAUUUUACGACCUACGUCUGAAAUACUACUCGAGACGCAAAGACUAUCUAGAGGGGCAGUUACAAGCGGAGGCGGACAAACUCACCAACCAGGCACGCUUCAUAUUGGAGAAGUGCGACAAGGGGCUGGUGAUUGAAAACAAAAAGCGGAAAGUGAUGGUGGAAGAGCUUAUUAAGAGAGGUUACGCACCGGACCCUAUCGCCGACUGGAAGAAACGCGCAAGCAAAAUGCAGGGCUUGGUGGCUUUGGAAGAGGAGGAACCGGAGUCUGAAGAAGAGCCCGAGCCAGAGGACAAUAAAGGCAAACCUGUGGAUCCAGAGAAAGCAUUCCAACAGCUGAAGGAAGUAAAGAAGUUCAACUACCUCCUGGGCAUGUCCAUGUGGAUGCUUACAAAAGAGAAAAAGGAUGAGUUACUUAAGCAGCGAGAUCAAAAACUCUCUGAACUUAACACCCUCAAAGCGAAAACGCCGUCUAUGUUGUGGCGAGAAGAUUUGGACAUUUUCCUGGUCCGGCUGGAGGAGGUUGAAGAAAAGGAGCGAAAUGAUGAGAACACUGUUAACAAGAAGAGCUCAAAGGCGCUGGCGGCAAACAAGAAGAACCGCAAGUCACUUUUGGACAUAAUUCCGUCAGAUAAUGGCAGACGAGUAGAGCCCAAAAUAUCUGAAGAUCUGAUUAAGAGGAUCCAGGCUGCUGAAAAGGCAAAGACGAGGAAAGAAAUCAAAAAGGAGUAUGAUCCUGAUGAUCCUACGGGAAUUAGCCCAUCAAGUGGUGAGAAGAAGCCGAAAGUGUCGCGCGUCAAGAAAGAGAAGCCGGAGAAGGACAAAAAGGUGCCCGAAAAGACCGAUGGGCUUAAACAAACUAAACUCACAUUCAAGAAGGAACCUAAGAAGAAGAGGAUGACCUUCAGCGGCAGCAGUUCUGGAGAGAUGUCCGAGUCUGAUGUAGAAAUGAUUGAACCCCCAGCACCAAGGGAGAGACCUAAUGCCAGAAGAGCUGCUGUUAAGGUACAAAAGUACAAGGAUGGCUCAGAUGAGUCGGAGUCUAAUGACGAGUUGGAACUGCACGAUAACAAGAUGGGCUCUGACACGGAGAAACGCUCGCGCACUUUCAAUCAGCGACGACGAGGA